AUGAGUUGGAACGACCCAGAACGUCGCCGCAAGGUUGUCACGUAUGGCAAAUCAGCGCGCAAUUCAUCCGUUCACAGCCGGCGGCCUCUGCCUUUCUCAAGACCAGACGAUAUGAACGCCAAUGCCGUAAAUGCGCCUUUGCGAUCUGAGCUUCAAACACGGCCUCAGACGCCUCAAAAAACCUACCUGCAUCGCGCAAAGUCAACAUCCAAAGUCUCCACCGAAACGGCGCCUUACGAGCCUGACACCUCCACUCAAGAUAGUCAGCGGAAUCUGCGGUCUCCGAAAAGACGCAAGGUCUCGGGAGACCAUGGCAAGCAAAUACUUCAGAAUCCUGACAGCCCACCUUCGUCCAAUGUUGCGGCAGACAAUACCGAUAGAAACCCGCAGCCCCGUCGAUUAAAAGGUCAGAGCACGAAUGGCUUCACUAACAGCGACAAACCAGCCACCGAAUCGCCCGGGCGUGCCCGCAGACAUACAAAUCGCAACGCUGAGAGAACCGAAUCAAACGUACCCUUAUCGUUAGCAUCACCAUCGAGAAAGGAAGACUCGGACAGCUAUUAUAGCCAACCAGUCCUAACCAAAUCACGCCGUUUAUUUAAUCCAGAGCGAGCUCAACCCCGUGCCUUAUCGAGUCCUGAGCCAGACAAUAGUCACAGUACAGCUAAUACAGGGGAACCUCGAGCACGAAGACGCCUGAUAGAUUCACUUGGUGCGCAUAGUGCUCACGAAGAUGGCCCAACAAGUGAACCAGAAACCAUAGAACGUUCCCCCAGCCCGGACAUAUCGACUCCAGCUCCUAAAACGCCAAAUGCCGCUGAUAGCCAAAAUAGCCAAGGCCGCGAGGAGACCAUGCUGCGAUCCUUCACCAGCGACAAGGCCGAAAAUUCCACUCCUUCCCAGUCGAUCAGCCCCAAGGUAACCUAUGCUCGUCAACGAUCGUUCCUUAGCAACCUUGAUUUUCAAAGUAAUUUGAGCACCGGUAGUGGACUUAACGUCGAGGGCGAUUUACAUGGCUUGCCAACGCAGCCCACGUCAACUGCGAAUCUGGAAAGUGAACCGGCAGAAGAUGCCAGAACUGUGCGAAGUAUUCACGAGCUUAGACGGGCUGGUGUGAAUGCUCGUUUUCAGGGCAUGGUUGAUUCUAUUCUUGAGGAUAUUGAGGAUGUUGGAAGUUCUGCUUCUGUUCGACGUAAUGGUCUUAUCCAACUUUGUGAGAAGCUGCUUGAAGACUCAUUCGCACAGCGAUUCAUCGAGAGCGGAUCUUUCGUGCGCUUGGCAAAUAGUAUGUCUGCCAAGUUUGAUGUGAUUGCGUCUCUUCUCUUCGCUGAGGCAUAUGCAUUAAUGCUUCGGUUGAACCAUUUGCCCCAAGGUAUGCACAAGGCAUUUUGGCCCGAACUUGUCGCUAUGGCCCCUGUACUGCUACCUCUGCAGGAAGGCAUCUCUAAACUUCUUUUACAACGUCGCUUUGGGCUUUCUCGGGCCAACCAAUCAGCCAUCAAGGACGUAUCAACUCGAUCAGGACAAGUCGCUGGCUUAAGCGAUGAUUUACCCCUUUCCCCGCGGCGACUGGUGCUGUACUGUAUGCAACUGUCUAUACGAAAAGUACGAGAAAGCGAGGUCCCGGAAAUCUUACCUACCAAAGUCGUCUCCGAGCUGAUAAGCAUACUACUGAAACUAUCAAGUGAGCAUGCGAUUGACGAGAAUGCCACCUUGAAUAAUUAUGUCAUUCUUGAAAGCAUAAUCUCGAUUCUUGAAACAUACACAACAUCAUCGACAUCCAUCGGCAGCUCUCAGCAAGAUGCCCUCACUCUGCUCGCCGGUUCCAGCCAUUUCUUAUCGUCACUGAGCAAGGAGAACGAUACGCAAAGCCUCCAGCUUUUGACACUACAUUUGAAACUUAUCUUAAACGUCACGAAUGCAAAUUCCCAAAUUUGCGAAGGUUUUGCGACGCCUGACCUCAUACAUAGCUUGGUUACGAUUGUGCUAUCUGGCUAUCCGAGCGGUACAGGGGACUCUACCAACGAGAAAAAGGAUUCGCUUGACAUUGUUAUUCUAGCAUUGGGUGCCUUGAUCAACCUCACCGAAGAGAAUGAAGUUGGCAGAGAAAAUAUCUUGAAUCAAAAAGAGGAGCAGCAAGAGAGCUCGAAGACACUUCUUGAACGUCUCCUUGCACUCUUCGUAGAGGGGCUUGAUACAGUAUCUGAGGCUGAUUCGGUGGGCCAAACCCAUUAUAACGUCGCAUUUGGAUACCUUUCGAUACUUCUCUGCACGCUGUGUCUGAACCACCAAGUGCGUGCCUUGAUCAAAACUUCAGUCAAGGGAGCUGGUUUGAAUAAACUUUUGGCCACGGUCGAGGAGUUUCUUCACUACCAUCGCAAGGUUGAUGAGGAGCUCUCUCAUUCAAAAUCUUUGGGGGAGUUUACACUCAGACUCCAAAGGAUUUUGGAUCAAAUCCAUGCGAGCAGGAUUUACCGAAUUAUAAAGCACAAGGGCCAAGACUUUGCGACUGAGAUUGUGGACACUGCAGGCCAGGAUGAAUAUAGUAUUCUGAACUCGAAGCAUUUCAUUGGCAUCCACGGAUAUGUCAUCGUCUAUUCUGUUGCGUCUCUCCAGUCUUUUGAAAUGGUCAAUGUGAUCAGAGAUAAGAUUCUGAACCACCUCGGCGCGGAUUGGGUGCCAUUGGUGAUCGUUGGAAAUAAAAGUGAUCUAAAAGCCGAUCAGCGCCAAGUUACGUUAGAGGAAGGUCGCCAACUAAGUCAGCAAUUCGAUUGUGCCUUCACCGAGGCCAGUGCCCGACUGGACUAUAAUGUUGCAAAGGCUUUCGACCUCAUGAUUGGCGAGAUCGAAAAGUCUCAAAACCCUUCCCAGCCAACAGGGGAUAGCAAACCAUGCUGCAUUGGGACUGAUAAACCCAUGCUGGACUUUAACGAUUUCGUGGUUGACCGCGGUGGUGAUCCGGCCAAGAUCAAAGAGAGCCAACGCCGCCGAUUUGCGCCGGAGAGUGCUGUUGACGAGGUGCUGGAACUUUACGCAGAGGCCCGACGAGCGAGAUUUGAUGUUUCACAGAUCAACUCCAAGGCCAACGCCGUCCAGAAAGAAAUAGGGCUCAAGAAGAAGAACAAGGAGGAUGCUUCUGAGCUACUGAAACAAAAGGCAGAUCUGGAACAGCAGAGGAAGGACGCCGAAGAAAUAGCAGUGGCCAAAGAAGCCGAACGCGACAGAAAGAUUAAAACCAUUGGAAACUACGUUCAUCCCUCGGUUCCUAUUAGCGACAAUGAGGACAACAACGUCAUCGAGAGGACAUGGGCACCCGAAAACGUUGUAGUCGAGAAGCGCGACUGUCUUUCUCACCACGAGGUUUUGACUCGGUUGGAUGGCUAUGACCCAGAGCGUGGUGUCAAGAUCGUCGGCCACCGUGGAUAUUGUCUGACUGGCUACGGUCUCUUCCUCAAUCUCGCGCUCGUCAACUACGGAUUGGCAUUUUUGUUCGAAAAGGGAUACAAACCUAAUGCACCUCCUCAUUUCAUGAUAAAGGAGGCCAUGGCGAAAACCGCGCAACUCGAACAAUUCGACGAUGAACUGUACAAGGUUGUCGAAAAUGAAAAAGACAAGUCAACCGACAAGUAUCUUAUCGCAACAUCAGAGCAACCUCUUUCGGCAUUGCAUGGGAACGAGUGGUUUUUGGAGAAGGAGCUGCCUGUUAAAUAUGCGGGAUACAGUACCUGCUAUCGUAAAGAAGCAGGUUCCCAUGGAAAAGAUGCCUGGGGUAUUUUCCGCGUGCAUCAAUUUGAAAAGAUCGAACAAUUCAUUUUGACGAAGCCAGAAGACUCAUGGGAAGCCUUUGACUCUAUGAUCGCUACAUCGGAGGAAUUUUACAAGUCUCUUGGUCUGCCUUACCAGGUCGUCUCCAUAGUUUCCGGCGCAUUGAACAACGCAGCAGCCAAGAAAUACGAUCUUGAGGCGUGGUUCCCCUUCCAAGGAGAAUACAAGGAGCUCGUGUCCUGCUCAAACUGCACUGACUACCAGUCGCGAGAAUUGGAAAUCCGGUUUGGCGCCAAGAAGGCCGAUGCCAAAAAGACUUAUGUCCAUGCUUUGAAUUCCACCCUAUGUGCAACCGAACGAGCCCUGUGCUGUAUACUGGAGAACUACCAAACCGAAACUGGUAUAAUUGUACCUGAGGUCUUGCGGAAAUACAUACCUGGAGCGCCUGAAUUCCUCGAAUACACAAAGGAGCUCCCCAAGGAUACCACUUCAGCGAAGAAGGGCAAGGGAGCCGCGUCUAAAACGUCCGAGGUGACAGAAAAGGUCAAAAACCUCAAGGUUUGA